AUGAGCAACGACGCGGCCAAGACGCUCCGGGCCCUCCACGUCCCCCAGUCCCCCCUCAUCCUCGCCAACGUCUGGGACGUGGCCUCCCUCCAGGCCAUCCUCGCCCUCAACCACGACGCCGCCGACCAGCCUGUCAAGGCCGUGGCAACGGCAUCGUGGGCCAUUGCCGCCGCCGCGGGCGUCCGCGACGAGCAUCUCACCUGGGAGCUGAACCGCGACGCCAUCGCCCGCAUCGCGCCCCUGUGUCGCGACGCCGGCCUGCCCCUGAGCGCUGACCUCCAGGACGGGUACGGCUACCGCAUAGACGAGGUGGUGAGGGCGGCCGUCGAGGCGGGCGUCGUGGGUGCCAACAUCGAGGACAGCAUCCCCCAGGCUGGAUUCGCAAAGGGCAUCGCCGGCUCGCUGUAUCCCCUCGACGAGCAGGUCCGCCGGCUCCGGGGUGCCGUGUCGGCCGCGGAUGCCGCGGGCUGCCGCGACUUUGUCCUCAACGCACGGUGCGACGUCUUCUGCCUCGACGACACCGACGACGACGGGUCCCGCCUCGCCGAGGCCAUCGCCCGCGGCAAGGCCUUCCUCGAGGCCGGCGCCGCCACCGUCUUCUACUGGGGCGGGCCCCGGCGCCGCAUGAGCAAGACGCACGUGCAGCGACUGGUGCGGGAGCUCGACGACCGCGUCGCCGUCCAGCUGGCGGCCUACCCCGGCGAGCCGACGGUGGCGGAGCUGGCGGAGCUGGGCGUCGCGCGCAUCAGCGUCGGGCCGGCCCUGUACCGCAUCGCCACCGAGGCCGUCCAAAAGGCCGCCCGGAGCAUCUAUUGCCGGGGGAAGCUGCCUGCGCAAUGA